AUCCAGACCUGGUGAGCAACCAUGAAGGCCUUCAUCUUCCUCGCUCUCCUGGGAGCUGCUGUUGCUUCCUCCAGUGAUGAUGAUGACAAGAUCGUCGGGGGCUACACCUGCGAAAGGAACUCCAUCCCCUACCAGGUGUCCCUGAACGCUGGGUACCACUUCUGCGGCGGCAGCCUCAUCAACAACCAGUGGGUGGUGUCCGCGGCUCACUGCUACAAGUCCCGAAUCCAGGUGCGUCUGGGAGAGUACAACAUUGAACUUUCGGAGGGCAACGAGCAAUUCAUUAAUGCGGCCAAGAUCAUCCGACACCCCAAUUACGAUGCCGAUACCAUCGAUAAUGACAUCAUGCUGAUUAAACUGAAAUCACCCGCCACCCUCAACUCUCGAGUCUCCCCUAUCUCUCUGCCAAAAAGUUGUGCAAGUGUUGGUACCCAGUGUCUCAUCUCUGGCUGGGGCAACACCAAGAGCUCCGGCACUAGCUACCCUGAGCUGCCACAGUGUCUGGAUGCUCCCAUCCUCUCCAGCAGCACUUGCCGCAGUGCCUACCCAAACCAAAUCACCAACAACAUGAUUUGCCUGGGCUUCCUGGAGGGUGGCAAGGACUCUUGCCAGGGUGACUCUGGUGGCCCCGUGGUCUGCAAUGGGCAGCUGCAGGGCAUUGUCUCCUGGGGCUAUGGCUGCGCUUUGAAGGGCAAGCCUGGUGUGUACACCAAAGUCUGCAACUACGUGAGCUGGAUUCAGAAAACCAUAGCUGCCAACUAAAUGCACCUUCCUGCCAGACAACAUCGCCUUCUUCCUAUGCCCAAAGACAGUACCUAAAUAAAAGUGUUUUGUC